GUACUGAAGCCUACCAAUUUUCAUACACUGUCGUUAUGAAGCGUAACUACGAGAAUGCACUCAAGCUCCUAGAGACGCGAAGACGAAAAGCACGACCGAAAACAGCUGCGAUACUCUCUUCAACGUCUCAGGAUGCAAUCAAUGCUCGCGGUACCCAAACAGUGAGGGGUAUACCCAGUUUGUUCGGCAUGCAGGAGUGGUUGCAGAGAUUAGGACACUCAGACAGGGAUGUUGACAACUUAAAUAUAAUUCAUAUUGCCGGGACGAAAGGGAAAGGCAGUACCUGCGCUUUUACUCGUUCUUUUCUUCGCGCACAUGGGCUAAGAACAGGAUUUCCGAAGCGAAUCGGUUUAUAUACAGGUCCUGAUUUGCAAUGUAUCCGGGAUAGAAUACAGAUUGAUGAUCGACCAAUAUCGGAGGAUCUCUUUACACGAUACUUUUUUGAAGUGUGGGAAAAUAUCAUGUCUCAUGAUGUGGAAAAAAAUACAGAACCUACAAAACAGCCCCGCUACCUACAGUUUCUGGCUUUGUUGGCUUUUCACACGUUUAUCAGGGAAGAUGUUGAUGCAGCAAUAUUUGAGACUCAUCAUGGUGGAGAAUACGACGCCACGAAUGUGAUACGGGCGCCUGUUGUGACUGGGAUCACGUCUCUCGGUAUGGACCACAUUGCGCAGCUAGGUCCUACAAUAGAGAACAUUGCCUGGCAUAAAGCCGGGGUUUUCAAGGCAGGGGCACCUGCACUCUCGGUAGCUCAGGAAGCCGGUCCUGCUGAAGUUUUACGAAAUCGUGCAACGGAAAAGAAGACAAAAUUGACUUUCAUUUCUACUAAUAUGUCUCUUCCUGUGAACCUCAAGGCACUUAGUGUUCCAGUACAGCGGUUAAAUUGCUCUUUGGCCCUUGAACUCACUAAAACGUUUCUGCAACACAGGGCACCUGAGCAUUCAUUAAACUCGAACGACAUUUCCAUGGGAGUCGAAAAUUUCUCAUGGGCUGGGAGAUUCGAGAUUCUACAAGAUGGGGAAUUACUGUGGUUCUUAGAUGGAGCACACAAUACUUUAAGCCUCGAACAAGCAGCGGAAUGGUUUGCGAAGAACACUAACUCUUUAAAAACUCAAAGGUAUCGGGUUCUUAUCUUCAGCCACUUUUCAGAAGGGCGUGAUGGGGUGACUCUUGUGAAAUGUUUGGCGCAUGCUCUUUCGGAGCACGGCGCAAUGCCAGAUCAUGUCAUCUUCACUACGUACCAGGAGAGAGAUGAUGGGUCUACGAGAAUAGAUAAAACCCUUAAAAUACCGGAGACGCCUUUCCCGGACCUUUGCGCUAUAUAUGCUUCACUGUGGAAGGAUAUUGAUCCCCAGGCUGCAGUUUCCACUGAGCCGAGUAUUGAGGGGGCAAUAAAGCUUGCAAAAGGUAUCGGUGUCGAACGAUGUGGAGUCCAAGUAUUUGUGACAGGAAGCUUACACCUGGUUGGAGGAGCACGUAGCAUUCUGCGGCCAUAGAUUUACCAUCCACUCUAUAGUCCAGCGAGGUUUGCAUAUCAAGAGUUCCAAUGCGUACAAAUAUUAACUCCAUAAAUCUUUGUCCGUGGUAGAGCUGUUUAAGGUAUCCAAAAUUGCUUUACCGGUAGAGGCGCGAUAUAUAUGGUAACAUAGUAUACAGGCUUUGUGUACGCAUCCUAUUAUUCUCUAUUUAGCUACAUAUAUAUAAUGAGAGGAAGAAGGUGAAUACGAAUAGUAGCUACAACAGGC